AUGUGGACUGAAUCACCAAGCAUCCUUAAAGACUACAACGAAAUCACGAGGCUGGUGCUUGUGGAUGAUGAGGUGCUUAGGGAAAAUCUUGGUUUUACCAUGGUGAAUGGAAAAUGUAGAUCCCUGGUGAUGGUGAUUGAAUUUGUGAUGGAAAUUGAUCAGAUUGCAGAAAUUGAGAAAUUCCAAAAAGGGGAAGGAAAGGAAGAAGAAAAAUAUAUUGAUGUAGUGAUUAAUAAAAAUAUGAAGCUGGGACAGAAAGUGUUAAUUCCCGUAAAACAGUUCCCCAAGUUCAACUUCGUGGGAAAGCUUUUGGGUCCACGUGGCAAUUCACUGAAACGUUUACAGGAAGAAACCUUGACAAAAAUGUCUAUAUUGGGAAAAGGUUCCAUGAGGGACAAAGCAAAGGAAGAAGAGUUGAGAAAAAGUGGAGAGGCAAAAUAUUUCCACCUAAAUGAUGACCUGCAUGUUCUAAUUGAAGUAUUUGCCCCACCAGCAGAGGCAUAUGCCAGAAUGGGACAUGCUUUGGAAGAAAUCAAGAAGUUUCUCAUCCCUGACUACAAUGAUGAAAUCAGACAGGCACAGCUGCAAGAGUUAACGUAUUUAAAUGGCGGCUCAGAAAAUGCAGAAGUUCCAGUUGUUCGUGGAAAACCACCAAUACGAGCGCGAGGAGUACCUGCCCCUGCCUUGGCCAGGGGUCGUGGAGGUGUACCACCCCCACCAGCAGGAGUACCACGGGGGGCACCUGCUCCUAGGGGGGUACCUCCAAGUAGGGGCCCGGUCAGUCGUGGUCGUGGACUUCUAGCCCCCAGAGCAAGAGGAGUUCCCCCGCCUGCAGGUUACCGGCCUCUUCCACCACCGCCAGCACAGGAAACGUACGGAGAAUACGUUUCCACAGCCUGCUCUCCUUCCCCUCGUAUGAGUCCUAUGCCACCUGGAUUCUGCAUUGACAGAGGAACUGAGAGAAGGUUCGGUCUGCUCCAUUCUUUAUGCCCUCAGGUGGAUGGUGUAAAUUCACGUAGGGCACAGGAGUAUGAUGAUGGAUAUGGCACUGCUUAUGAUGAGCAAAGUUAUGAUUCCUAUGAUAACAGCUAUAGCACCCAAGCACAAAGCGGAGCUGACUACUAUGACUAUGGGCAUGGACUUAGUGAGGAGACAUACGAUUCUUAUGGGCAAGAAGAAUGGACCAACUCGAGACACAAGACACCUUCAGCAAGGACAACAAAGGGAGUCUACAGAGACCAGCCAUAUGCCAGAUACUGAUUGUACUGUCUGAUGUUGUGAAAUACCCAAUCUCCACCAGUCCUGUAUACUGUUCAAAGUAAUUUUUUCUAUGAACACUCCCUUUUUAUUAAAUCAAAGUGCUUAAAUAUCUGAAUGGAUGGACUGAAUUUAAACUAUUUUGAGGAAAGAACAACCUGGGCAUAAUGAUAUGUUUAAAAAAAAAAAAAGAGAGAGAGAGAACUUUGUUAUUUCCAAACUGUAUUUGAAAAAUAGG